UAUUAUACGUCUAUGGUUGAGCCACGGUCGUCACCAUUUUCGCGCCAAAUUGUCCCGUUUCUCUAUUUACUUGGGAUCUUGGGCCUGUCAACUGAGCGGACGUGCGUGAGGAUGACUCGGCGAGAUAUAUCGGCGAAUUUCGACGCGAGACGCAGUGUCGCAACGAUGAGAACAUUCCUUUUGUUGGCAAUAUCCGUCAUUGCUAUUUUACUGUGCAAAAUCGUAGUGCUCGUAUACAAUACUUAUAUCACACGGAAAAAAUUAAGCCACAUUCCUGGGCCUAUCUCGGUCCCUUUCAUCGGAACGUUAUCUUUUCUACUACAAACGGAACAAGAGGAACACAGUGUGCAAGUUACAUUAAUCAGUCGCCUCGUCAUAGGUCGUGUCGAUUGGGUACUAUCGCUAUUGCACAAAUUUAAAGACGGAAUUUUUCAAAUUUGGAUAGGACCGCAACCAAUAAUUUACUUAUAUAAACCGGAGCUAUUGAAAACCGUCCUUGCAAGUACCGUGUUUAUAGAGAAAUCGGUGCAUUACGAUUUCUAUAAAGAAUGGAUGGGUAAUGGACUUCUUACCUCUAGUGGCAAGCAAUGGGUACGAGACAGGAAGCUCCUUUCGCCAUCGUUCCAUUUUAACAUACUAGAACAAUUCGGUGCGAUUAUAUCCGAGAAAAUAGAAAUCAUGCUAAAACAAAUGGAGAAAAAGAUAGCGAAAGAUCCAAGGAAGGCUAUCAAUAUCAUCCCCAUUAUAGAAGAUAUGACUUUCGAAAUUGUAUUUGAUACAAUAUUGAAUAUAAAUGAACAUACUCGGAAAGACAAGACACAAUUUAUUACCAACGUACGGAGAUUGCUCAAACUGAUCUCAAUACGUAUAAAUCAACCAUGGUUUUGGGUGAACUGGAUAUAUAACUUGUCUCCUAUGGGAAGAGAAUAUAAAAAGUUAAUUCACAAUCUGCAUGAAUUUACGAGAGAUAUAAUACAAACAAAACAACUUGUAUAUAACGUACAGAACGACAAAUCACAGAGUAACUGCGAUGACUUUGAAACAGCAGCCAAGAGGAAGAGGAAGACCUUACUAGAACUUUUGUUAGACCUAAGUAAAAACGAAAACAAUAUGCUAACUAUGGAAGAUUUGAAGUCACAGCUCAAUACAUUCAUAUUUGCGAGUUACGAUACAACGGCAACUACGCUUUGUUGGGCGCUCUACUGUCUUGGCAAUAAUCUUGACCACCAAGAGAAGGUUCACAAAGAACUAGAGGAAGUUUUCCAAGAUUCGCAAGAGCCAGCCUCUGUAAUGCAACUCUCACAAUUAAAAUAUCUCGACAGAGUUAUGAAAGAGUCUAUCAGAUUAUAUCCAACCGUGCCGUCAAUUGCGAGAAAAAUCAGGGACAAUAUAAACAUAGAUGAUUGGGUAAUCCCGAAAGACAGCACAGUUUUGGUGUCGAUCAUGCUGCUGCAUCGCAACCCAGCGGUCUGGCCGAAUCCAUUGAAGUUCGAUCCGGAUCGAUUCCUACCUGAGAACAUGAGAUAUAUGCAUCCGUACUCUUUCAUUCCGUUUAGUACUGGACCGAGAAACUGCAUCGGCCAGCGAUUCGCCUUGCUCGAGGAGAAGAUCAUAUUGACUGCCAUACUCCGAAAGUGGAGGGUCAAGAGCGUGGAUACGCCUGCGGAAAUAACUCUGUUCGACGGCGCUGUGUUACGACCGUAUCAGCAAAUUAUACGUAUGCAUUUAUCACCAAGAAAAGAAAAGUAAAAUGUCACGUGACUUAAUACCGAUUCUAUGCGCCGUUGAGUUCUAAAAAUAAAGGAAUAUUUCCUUUCUGUUUUACCUGUUCUUUUUUUACACGCGGCUAAUUGCGUCCUCUGCAGCGCUCUCCUUCCCGAAGCGAUUUGUGUAUCAUGUUUUAUGUGCACCCGACUACUUAGUAUAGCGACACUAAUGUCAACUGUAGAUAAGUAGCGCGCGAGCCGCAUGAUAAUAUUCGUGAUGAUGAGUGUGCUAGCGAGCAGAAUUCAGAAUAAUUCAGAACGGGGUCAAUAAUAAAAAGAUGAUCUCAAUGUAUAUAGGUGUGGGAGAAAAAAAUCAAGGCGAUGAAGAAAAACGACGUCAUUAAGCGAGCGAGAUGAAUGUCUCAAAGCAUUGAUUUUCCAUCGAUCAGUCGAGUUCACGCAGUGCGAACGUAGACAUCGUGUUUCGCAUCGCGCAUAGCGAUGGAUGUACUUUCUGUGCGCGAAUCGCUACGUAACCGCGGUAAAGUCGCAUUCGUUUCUCCGUAUAUUUUGUUAAUCGCACACGAAUUAUCUCAUUUCAAAUUUCGUAAAUUAUUCUAAAAACUCUCACAUUAAACAUUUUGGUCGAACAUUAAAAACGAUGUUAAAACAUUGAUUGGAGGGAAAUAGAGGCGAAACGAAGGGAAAUACGUCGGUUUUGGAAAUGUUGUGUGACCCAAUUAUCUGUUUUUAGAGAUACGGAUAAUUAACGACGCCAUGUCGGCAAACUAAUUCCGAGUGCGCUUUUCGCGAAAUUUGUGUGAAGUGCAUAGACACGUGAAUAAAUUUUAUAUCGACCAGAGAAUCACGUUAUCAUACGUUUAAAAAGAGAAUGUUUCCGUAUAAUUUAUUAUGUACGACAAACUUAUUGCGCAGCAAUCUCGUCCGAAGGAAAUUGAUCUAUCAAGAAAAUGAUCGUCAACAGGUAAGAUAUGCCGUGCACUCGAGAAAACCUGUUGGCUUUGCGUAAUUAUUUAUUAUUAUUAAAUAUGCGAAAUUUGUGCGCACGCUUGAAAUAUGAUUUUUCGUUAUUUAGAUAAAACUGUAACUCUAGCUUGGAAAUAAAUAUGGUAAUUCAUAUUCACGAAAAGAAACAUAAAAUUGAUAAGCAAAUAC